ACACAGAAUGCAUGGCGACAACCAUGCACGGCGGUUUGGCUGGCUCAUAAAAAAGCGAAAGCAAAAGUUUCUGUCAACUGAAAAUGAACUGUUGAAGCUUACAUGACUGAGAAAACCUACUUAGUCACCUUGUGUGCCGCCGCCGCCGCCGCCACCGUGCUUUUUUCCUUUUUCUUUUUUUCUUUCGCUUUCUCGAGAACCAAACAGGUUUGUGAUUGGAACAAUGCACGGCAGGGCGCAAGAGAAGCGAGGUUUGGAUUUGGCUUCCGCCGAAGAAGGUCAGCCUGAUCGGAAACGACCUGCGUUGGCUAGUGUAAUUGUUGAGGCCCUGAAGGUGGACAGUCUGCAGAAACUUUGCUCAUCACUGGAGCCUAUUCUACGCAGAGUUGUUAGUGAAGAAGUUGAGCGUGCUUUGGCAAAAAUAGGCCCUGCCAAGCUUAAUAAUACUGGCAGGUCUUCCCCAAAGUGGAUAGAAGGCCCUGAUGGCAAAAUUUUACAAUUGCACUUCAAGACCAGGCUAUCCCUUCCCCUCUUUACUGGUGGGAAAGUGGAGGGUGAGCAAGGGACAUCCAUACAUAUUGUUUUGAUUGAUGCAAAUACUGGCCAUAUUGUCACAUCAGGGCCAGAGUCAUGUGUCAGGCUAGAUGUUAUUGUACUAGAGGGAGAUUUCAAUAAUGAGGAUGAUGAUAAUUGGGAUGAAGAACAGUUUGAUAGUCAUAUUGUGAAAGAGCGGGAAGGAAAAAGGCCUCUUCUAACUGGUGAUCUGCAAGUCACACUGAAGGAGGGUUUAGGUACACUUGGUGAGCUUACAUUUACAGACAACUCUAGCUGGAUAAGGAGUAGGAAGUUUAGAUUGGGGCUGAAAGUUGCCUCAGGUUGUUGUGAGGAAAUGCGUAUCCGUGAAGCCAAAUCAGAACCUUUCACAGUUAAGGAUCAUCGUGGAGAAUUAUACAAGAAACACUACCCGCCUGCCUUGAAUGAUGAGGUCUGGAGACUGGAGAAGAUUGGUAAGGAUGGGUCAUUUCACAAAAGGCUAAAUAAAGCUGGAAUAUAUACGGUUGAAGACUUCUUAAGAUUUGUGGUCAGAGACCCUCAGAGAUUGCGGAAUAUUCUUGGGAGCGGCAUGUCAAAUAAGAUGUGGGAUAUUCUUGUUGAGCAUGCAAAGACUUGUGUUCUCAGUGGAAAACUUUAUGUAUACUAUCCUGAUGAUGCAAGAAAUGUGGGUGUUGUUUUCAAUAAUAUUUAUGAAUUAAGCGGCUUAAUUGCCAACGACCAAUAUUACUCAGCUGAUUCUCUCUCCGAGAAUCAAAAGGUUUAUGUAGACACGUUGGUGAAGAAGGCAUAUGAUAAUUGGAUGCAUGUUAUUGAGUAUGAUGGGAAGUCUCUGAUAAAUGACAACGAGGAUAAGACUUUGGAUACCACUCAUCCUCAGGCUCCAAUGACUUCCCAUGAAUAUUCAAACUCACUUCAGCAGAUAUCCAUCCCAGCUUUGCCACUUCCAUUACAUCCUGGCCAGCCUUCAGUGGAUUCAGGAGUAGCCGUUGGAGGUUAUCAUGAUGGGACAGCUUCCAGAUUCUCCUUGCAACCACAUCCUAAUCUUAAUUCUUCCAUUCAGUUUGAUGAUAAUGCAUUUCCACUGCAAAACCAGUUGAUGAGUGUUUCACACCAUACCCAACUUCCAAGAAAUGAAAAUGGGCGGACUGUUGGUCCUCCACAAUCAUCCACGCAUGGCUUUGAGCCUCUCACCAUUUCAAAUCCUACUUACAGAGGAGCUGAAGAGUACUUCCCAGAGGAGGAAAUUCGUAUUAGAAGUAAUGAGAUGCUAGAAAAUAACGAUAUGCAGCAUCUUCUCCGUAUUUUUAACAUGGGAGGCCAAUCACAUCCUACCCUUAAUGCUCAGGAUGAUGGGUACCCUAGUUCAUCUACAUACAUUUCUGCAAACCCCAUGGGCUACAAUUUUGAUGAUGAACCAAACCGUUCCUCGGGAAAAGCUGUUGUGGGCUGGCUCAAGCUGAAGGCUGCUUUAAGAUGGGGUAUUUUUAUUCGGAAACAGGCUGCUGAGAGACGUGCACAGCUCGUUGAACUGGAUGACCCAUAGAGAUCUUGGGGGGGCAUUACUGAUAUUUAGUGAUCUGAACAAUAAUUUUUCUGGUUAUAGCAUCCAAGGUUUCUUAGUCUUUCAUGACAUUCAGAAUUGGUGUCAUGCUGAAAUCUCAUAGCACGAGCAAGGAUAUGAAAUCUGGACUGAAUUAUUUGGUGCAGACUUAACUUAAAGAUUCCACUGUGCCUUGAUCCAUAAACAGUUGUGCAUAGACCUCUGUCUGUAGAAGAAUAUCAUUCUGCAACAUCUCUUCUUUAACUGCUUUGCUUGUGAUGUUUUCCUGCAUCCAAGUUGUAAAGAUCGAAGGUUUGCUCGUUUUUAAACUGAAGCAUGUUGUUGGAAUGCUGCUUAAACUUGGCAAGCUCCAAGUGAAAUCACAAGGAGCUAGCUACUAGGAUCUUUACAGCAUUUACCAGGUUGUAUUCAAUUCUGUAUAGUAAGCUAGCUAGAUGAUUUUCAACCCAACUGAAGUUUGUUUUAUAGUUGCUCUGUGGCAUUAUAAUAGUUAUAAUAAUUAAUUUGAACUGCUAUGUGUUUCCAGUA